UGCGUACACAUACGUGACGUUGUUGUUAUUGAAUACAUAGGACUUGACAGUUGACAAGAGGAAACUCAAAAGCAUAAAAGCAAAAGUACAGAAAUGCAAAUACAUUUUCUUUUAAGGAAAGGAUCGAGCGUGUAUACGUAACGUUGUUGUUAUUAAAUAGGAGACCAGAGGAAACUCGAAGCUACUGCCGAAAUGUCUGUCCGUGAUUGGUCCUUUGGGAGAACGCACAGCUAUCAAAAAAAAAUACGACGCAAUGACUAUUCAAGUAUAUCAUACACACGAGACUUUUUUAUUGUGUUGCGUAACGAAAUGACUGACCUUGCGCCUCCGUCCGAUGCGGAUACGGCCAAGCAACGCCUAGGAGAAAACGUACAGUAUUUCUCUGCCAACUAUGCUGUUAUUAUGGUAGCUGUUGCGAUUAUCUGCAUGAUGAUACUAGGGUCGUCUCUGGGCGUUGGACUUGCUAUUGCGCUGCUGGUGGUUCUUGCACAUGCCGCGAUGAAGCCACCUUCGUUGAAGGGUAUGGCAGUAAACACUGGAAAUGACAUGAGGGACAGCCUGAAAGCGAAGAUGAACGCAAGGAAUUCUAUGAAAAAGUCCAAACGUGCCGACUAAACACGCAUAUAUAUAUAAUUUUAUAUAUAUAUUUAUAUUUAUAUGUAUAUACAAUUUAUUAUAUAUAUAUAUAUAUAUAUAUAUAUAUAAUCUAUGUAUAUAUAUAUAUACAUAUAUAUAUAUAUUAUAUGUAUAUGCAUUGUAUUAUAUACAUAUAUAUAUAUAUAUAUAACCAAGCGCCGCCACGGGUCAUACAUUGUGGCAAAGUCCACAAGAAGUAUUCAAAAGGUCUCGAUACCCUGAAGUAUUAUAAAUUGGGCCAUGCUACUGACAUAUCUUUCGAUUGGCACAGAUAACAAUAAAGGACAUGCCCAUUCGGGUGACAUUGUGUUCUCGG